CCACAGCUAAAAAAUAAUAUUCCUCCUCCAACAAGUUUUCUUCUUUCGUAAAACUGUCACUUUGCUGACAUUUGUUGUGUGGAUCCAGUCUCGUUUCGGAGUUUGUUUGUAGCAGCGGUUUUACUGACUGAAUGACGACACGACGCUUGGCUCCUGCGCCAUAAAUAAACUCGCCGCGCUCGUGCUGGACUGUGGGAUGGGUUUUUGGUGAACUUCCUGGUAUUACAGGGUGUGCUGCCCUUCAAUGACAGAAAAGGAAAGGGGAAAUUAGCACACCACUCCCAUAGCGGGUUUAGGGGAACUGAGUCUCAUCAAAACUGCGCCUUGAUCGCUUUGCGUCAGAUCAUCAGCGUCAGGUUUCAUCCAAUGAUCGGAGUUUGACGGGUUUUACCUGCGGCUGAACAGCUGGAGACGGUCCUGAGCGCAGUCAGCAGUGGAGAAGCCACAGCUGUAGCAGAGCCUACAGUGGAUCGCUGUGAGGGUGGGAGGGUCGGGACGAAGCCAGCUGACAGAGCAGAGCGACCGGACCGAGCUAAAAGCAGAUCUCCGUCCGGACCCACAGAGCGCGCCUCGUUUCACUCUGCGGCUGUUUCCAGGUGGUGGCUAGUGACGGGGUCCGAGCUAUGAUGGAGUCGGCCCUGGCAGCCAGAGACCGGGUGGGAGUGCAGGAUUUCGUCCUGCUGGAGAACUUCACCAGCGAAGCUGCUUUCAUAGAGAAUCUCCGCAAACGCUUCAAAGAAAACCUCAUUUAUACGUACAUCGGUUCUGUGCUGGUGUCAGUUAACCCCUACAAAGACCUGGAGAUCUACACCAAGAACCAUAUGGAGCGAUACCGCGGGGUCAACUUCUACGAGGUGUCACCACACAUCUACGCUGUGGCGGACAACUCGUACCGCUCCAUGAGGGCAGAGAGGAAGGACCAGUGCAUCCUGAUCUCUGGAGAGAGCGGCGCUGGGAAGACAGAGGCGUCCAAGAAGAUCCUGCAGUACUAUGCUGUCACCUGUCCAGCCAGCGAGCAGGUGCAGACCAUCAAAGACCGCCUACUGCAGUCCAACCCUGUCCUGGAGGCCUUUGGCAAUGCCAAGACGUUGCGUAACGACAACUCCAGCCGCUUUGGGAAGUACAUGGACAUUCAGUUUGACUUCAGGGGUGCCCCUGUGGGAGGCCAUAUCCUCAACUACCUGCUGGAGAAGUCCCGGGUGGUCCACCAAAACCACGGGGAGAGGAACUUUCACAUUUUCUAUCAGCUGAUUGAGGGAGGUGAAGAGGACCUGCUGAGGCGCCUCGGCCUUGAGAGAAACCCUCAACAGUACCAGUACCUGGUCAAAGGUAACUGUCCCAAAGUGAGCUCCAUCAAUGAUCGCAGCGAUUGGAAAGUGGUGAGAAAAGCACUGACGGUGAUUGGCUUCAAUGAGGACGAGGUGGAGGAGCUGCUGAACAUAAUCGCCAGUGUGCUUCACCUGGGCAACGUGCAAUACGGUGGAGAGGAAGGCACCGCCUUCAUCACCUCAGACACUCAGAUAAAGUACCUGGCUCGGUUGUUAGGAGUGAACGGGACAGUGCUGACAGAGGCGCUCACACACAAAAAGAUAAUUGCGAAGGGGGAGGAGCUGGUAAGUCCUCUGAACCUGGAGCAGGCAUCAUCGGCUCGGGAUGCUUUGUCCAAGGCUGUGUAUGGACGCACCUUCACUUGGCUGGUUAACAAGAUUAAUGCGUCACUGGCAUACACGGAUGACUCUUACAAGAAUUAUUCUGUCAUUGGCCUGUUGGACAUCUAUGGCUUUGAGGUCUUCCAGCACAACAGCUUCGAGCAGUUCUGCAUCAACUACUGCAAUGAGAAGCUGCAGCAGCUGUUCAUCGAACUCACCCUCAAGUCGGAGCAGGAGGAAUAUGAGUCUGAAGGCAUCACGUGGGAACCAGUCCAAUAUUUCAACAACAAGAUCAUCUGUGACCUGGUAGAAGAGAAGUUUAAGGGCAUCAUCUCCAUCCUGGAUGAGGAGUGUCUGAGGCCCGGAGAUGCCAGUGAUACCACCUUCCUGGAGAAGUUGGAGGACACUGUUGGAGGACACCCUCACUUCGUCACUCACAAGCUGGCAGAUGGAAAGACUCGGAAGGUAAUGGGCCGAGAUGAAUUCAGACUGCUGCACUACGCUGGAGAGGUCAACUAUAAUGUCAACGGGUUUUUGGACAAGAACAAUGACCUGCUCUUCAGGAACUUGAAGGAGGUCAUGUGCAUGUCAGAGAACAAGAUCCUGACGCAGAGUUUUGACCGAGAAGAGCUGAGUGACAAGAAACGUCCAGACACGGCGGCCACCCAGUUCAAAGCAAGUCUGGCGAAACUCAUGGAGAUCCUCAUGUCGAAGGAGCCGUCGUACGUCCGCUGCAUCAAGCCCAAUGACUCCAAACAAGCAGGUCGAUUUGACGAGGUUUUGAUCCGUCACCAGGUCAAGUAUCUGGGACUGAUGGAGAACCUGAGGGUGAGGAGGGCCGGCUUUGCUUACAGACGGCGCUACGAGGUCUUCCUACAAAGGUACAAGUCGCUGUGUCCGGACACGUGGCCUAACUGGGAGGGGAAGCUGUCUGAUGGGGUGUCCACGCUUGUGAAACAUUUGGGAUACAAACCUGAGGAGUACAAACUGGGAAGAUCCAAAAUCUUCAUCCGCUUCCCAAAGACUCUGUUUGCCACUGAGGAUGCGCUGGAGACCAGGAAGCAUGGUCUUGCCACCAAACUACAGGCCGGAUGGAAGAGCUACAGCCAGAAGUCCAAAUACCAAAAACUCAGAAGCUCAGCUAUCGGGGUCCAGGCGUGGUGGAGGGGCAUCCUGGCCAGGAGGAAGGCCCAGCGCAGGCGGCAAGCAGCUGACACUAUCCGCAGGUUCAUUAAAGGCUUUAUCUACCGCCACAAGGAGCGCUGUCCAGAGAACGAGUAUUUCCUGGAUUACGUGCGCUAUUCCUUCCUCAUGAAGCUGCGCAAAAACCUGCCAAAGAACGUCCUGGACAAGAGCUGGCCGACACCUCCGGCUGCUCUCACCGAGGCAUCGGAGCAUUUGCGUAAGAUGUGCAUGCAGAACAUGGUGUGGAGCUACUGCAAGAAGAUCAGUCCUGAGUGGAAACAUCAGAUGGAGCAGAAGAUGAUCGCCAGUGAAAUCUUCAAGGAUAAGAAGGACAACUACCCGCAGAGCGUCCCCAAACUAUUCGUCAGCACCAGGCUCAAUGGUGAGGACAUCAACCCCAAGGUGCUGCAGGCUCUGGGCAGCGAGAAGAUGAAGUACGCAGUUCCAGUCACCAAGUACGACAGGAAAGGCUACAAGGCUCGGUCCCGCCAGCUGCUGCUCACCGCCAACUUCGCCGUCAUCAUAGAGGAGGGAAAACUCAAACAGCGCAUCGACUACGGAACCCUGAAAGGAAUCUCUGUCAGCUCUCUCAGCGACGGCCUGUUCGUUCUGCAUGUUCCCAGUGAAGACAACAAACAGAAGGGUGACGUUGUGUUGCAGAGUGACCAUGUGAUCGAGACCUUGACCAAGAUCGCCAUCUGCUCUGAUAAAAUCAACAGCAUCAACAUCAACCAGGGCAGCAUAAAGUUUACAGCAGCUCAGGGUAAAGAAGGGAUCAUAGACUUCACGCCCGGAUCCGAACUGCUGGUGGCCAAGGCCAAGAACGGACACCUGUCUGUGACGGCCCCCAGACUGAACUCCAGAUGAUGAAGACACACCAGGAACCCCAGACCUCCGGCAUCCUCCAAUCACAUGACUGCAGACCGUGCUCUGCCAAAGCCAAUCAGACGCCAGCUGUCAUCACAUUGGGUGGCUUGUGCUUCCAAUUUAAAAUAAAUGCAAAAAAACAAAACAAAACAAAACAAAAAAAAAAAAACAAAUAAAUAAAUAAAAAAAAAAAUCAUGCAAAGCUAAUUGAUAUAUUUAUGUUUAUAUAUUAUAUUUUUGGGAUUAAUACAGUUGCUGUUUGAAUAUUCAGAUUUUAUAUACAAGGCCAAGGAAUAACAAAUAUUUGUGAUGCAUUUUUCUAGCGUGCCUGCUUAUUGUGCUUUAUCUGGGGGAAAAAAAGAUAUGAUUUUUAAUCAGAGACUACAAUGAGGGUGUUGAAAGUCAGGGUGAGCUGUUAUCUGUCAUUUCCUUUGUUUUCUCCUGUUGACUUUUUCUGCUUGACUAAGAGACUUGAUUGUCCUUCUUACACUACUUCUCUAACCAGGACAGAUGGCUCGUUGUUGAAGCUUGAAGGUGUGGAGGCUGCUGAGUGGGCGGGGACUUUUCCAUUGGACAGGGAUGCUACAUCUGUAUGAAAAAGAUGAUGCAUGACUUAUAAAUCUGCUGUUUGAAGUGAGGGAAAGAACUAUAAGUAUGUGAGAUGUGGGUGAAGUAAAGUUUUUAAAAGGUGAAAUGAAAGAAGGUGCAGCAGUUCAGACGCUUUUUUCUUUCACUGUUUCAUUGUUGGUUUAACAAAAACCAUGGCAUUCAACAGCAGAAUAAGUCCAGUAAAGUGUAAAUAGGAACCGGAUUGAUGGCAGCUGUGCGUACAUCACACUCCAACAUCUGUCUUACUUCCAUCCACGCCUCCAUAACCCACCUGUAGCUGUUUUUUCCAGAGAGCCAUCGCUCCUGAAUCUGACUGCCCUUUGACCAACAUAAACUAGCUUACGCUUAUUUUUUCCUUAAUCUAGAAAAAUCCAAGUUUUCCAGCGGGGAACUUGUGGAACUGGAUUAAAAUUUUAUUAAACUUACCUGCAGUUUUUCUUAAUUUCAGCUAAAAGGAAAGGGCGGUGUUGUACAGAUGUGUUUCUUUUUUAAACAAGGAGUUUCUUGCCAAGAGUAAAUGAUGAUGAUGCCAAACUCAUGAAGCUUAGCUUCAUCUGAAACAGCUGUGUCGGAUAAACAAGAUCAAAUUUAUUAGAAAUGGUAACAGGUUUGUCUCUAAUGUCCUACCAGGAAGACGAGCCACUCUUUUUUUAGUUCUACACCAAGGAGAUCUUUAAAACUCUGACCUCUUAAAACCUGCCGGUGAGACCAAAGACUGGUGGAGAAAAGCCGGAAACGUUUCUGAUGUUUUCCUUCUUCCUCUUCCUCUAUGUGGCGAUGUGGCGAGGCAGGACUCACCAACCAAAGACCCGGUUGAUUUAUUGUGAUUUUUUGUUUUUAUGGUUUAAUAUGAAAUAAUUACUGACUCUUUAUUUUGAGGGGAGAUGUAUUUGUACAGUUUGUGUUGUAAAACAAGUGAUUUAAGUAGGUGAGGUGUGACGAUGUGAAAAGGGGGAA